AUGAUCGUCAAUGGUGCAUCAGAUACAGUUUUAUGUCGUUGUUUUCCGAAUUAUUUAGACGGCCCUGCACUUGAUUGGUUGUGUGCUUUGCCUACAGGUUCCAUUUCGCGUUUUCAGCAGUUGGCGAAGUUAUUUGAAGAGCAUUUCGCCGGAUCCGCAAUUUACUUGCACGAUUCCAAUUAUUUGAAUACUAUCAAGCAGGGACCAAACAAAAGCUUGAAGGACUACAUGACCCGCUUCACCAAGGUCGCAAUCAGUAUACCAGACCUUCACCCCGAGGUCCAUCUACACGCAAUUAAAAGCGGCCUUCGACCCGGAAAGUUCCAGGAGACAAUCGCAGUAGCCAAGCCGAAGACUCUAGCAGAAUUUCGCGAGAAGGCAAAGGGACAAAUUGAUAUCGAGGAGCUCAGACAAGCUUGGAAGUCUGACAAGUCACAUUUCCGCGAAGACGAUAAGAGCUCAAGCAUUAAGAAAAGUUUUAAACUAACACCUCAAUUUGAUUCUUAUACGCAGUUUAACACUAAGAGAGAAGACAUAAUCAAAGAGAUCUUGAAUUCAAAACUGAUCAAGCCACCAAGAAAAGUCGGUACCUACCAAGAUGCAAAGAACGUGGACAAGUCAAAGUACUGCGCUUUCCACCAGAAACACGGCCACAAUACCGAUGACUGCGUGGUCGCCAAAGACCUUUUAGAACGACUAGCAAGGCAAGGACACCUCAACAAAUACAUUGGUGGUCACAUCCAAAAGCGCGGCCCUAGCUCCACAACAACCGAGCUCUCUGAACAACAAAAUCGAGGAAAAGAGAAGGCAUCUUCAAGCCAAUAUGAAAGACCACGAGGUAUAAUCAAUUGCAUUUCAGGAGGAUACGCUAGUGGAGGAUACUCGAAUUCGGCAAGGAAAAGAUCGUUCCGGGCAAUAUGCUUGGUAAACGGACCACAGCAAGACGCAGCAAUAACUAAUCAACAACCAGAAGUUAUUUUCACACACGCCAACUUCAACUCCAGUAUACAAAUUUUGGACGACCCUGUCGUAGUCACCCUUCAGCUAGGAGAUCUGCUGGUAAAAAAAGUACUCUUGGAUCCCGGGAGCAAUGCCGAUGUUCUGUUCUAUUCCACAUUUUAA